UAGAGCAGGGCUGCGAGAGGACGGCAGACACUGUGUGAGGGGAUAACCACUUGUAGCAUUGUUCCUGCUUGCUUUGGCAGCGUUGGCUUGCUCUUCUCAUCACCGGGAUAUUCUUCCAUUGAUCAGUGCACUGUAUGUAUCACUUUCGAUUGCUGCAUUAUUCAACACAGGCUCUGGUGCUUUUUACAAUGCGGUGGAAAUGAGGAUAGUUUGUUUUGUUUUUCCUACAAUGAGGCAGUUUCAUUCCUUGUGUUGGUGUGUGUUCAUCAGUGGAAAUUGAUAUUUCAAUUUUUAUUGCAUUAGUUAAGUUUUAAGUGCAGGUGAGUUGCGUGUAGCAGCUCUGGUAGACAUGGAGGGGGUGGGUGGAGAAGAGCAGGCCACAUCCAGCAUGGAUUCCAUGUGGAAGGAACGCUGCCACGAGCUCGAGGGAUCACUCUGUCGCUUUAAGGAGCAGACGGAAAAAAUCAGAGAAAGUCUCGGAGAAAAGAUGCAGGCCCUUGAGGACAAACUGUCUCUGUCGGAGGCUCGGGCUGAAACAGCAGAACAGCAGCUUCAACUCGUAGAACAGCAACUUGCGGCCAUGAACUGGAAACCCUGCGACCUUGAGAUUCGGAUUCAGGAACUGGAGCGAGACGGAAAGGAGAAAGAUUGCAGAAUUCAACAGCUUGAGCAGCAGCUUGAUGACCAGAUUGACCUGCGGCAACACGAUGCCCGGAUAGUGGAACUGAAGGCUCAGAAAAUCAAGGAAUGGGUCACCAACAAGUUACACGAGCUGGAACAAGCGAACCAAGAGUUCCAGGCUGAAAACCAGUUACUGCAGAAACAAGUUGGUGUUCUCCGCGAUCGGCUCCAAUCCCUGCCACCCCAGGCUCUCAAACACAUCUACAGGCUCAGCAUGGAAUUCCAGGAAUCAGCACCAGGCUUGGAAAGCUCGCAGCCCCCUGAGAUCCCUGAACGCCCUAGAGGGUCAGUCCUGGCCGCUAUUCACCAUGAGAUGGCCGACAAGAGUGGCAGCGUGGAGGUGAUGACUGACCAGUCUGAGGUGGACAGUGACGAGAGUAUGGGUGACAUGGACCAUGAACAGCUGUAUCAGGAGGUGGACGCCAACCACGAGAGCAUCUAUGAGCCCAAGCGCCUCCUGCCACCGCUCAUCAAGAUCGAGCGCAAGACACUGCAGGGUGCAGGCAGCCUCUACGACUCACUCAUCAGCUCCAGCAACAACAGUGAUGACAUGCUGUUAGAGCGCGCGCACGUCGUGUCGCUGUCGCAGACACACAGACACAACGGGAGUCUCGACAACAGCGCCAGCGAUGAUUUCGUCAUCUCCGAGGAGAUCACACCCAUCAGUUUGACUCCCAGGUCUCCCAGGACUCCGCUCACUCCUUUUCUUCCCGACGCUCCUCCAAGCACGCCGACCAAUUUCUUUAAUGUGAAUUACGACCGGAGUAGCGUGUCUGCUAUUGCAACGUUGCCGAGAGUGAAGAAGGAUAAGCUGAAACCCACACCGCUCAAGUUGACUCAUUCAGCACCCAUCGGGGCUCAUCGGGCUCCGUCAAGAGAGCUAAUCCAGGGAGUUGAGAUUCAGGUGCAUCAUUUCACGAACUCUGAGCCCCGUGGUAUCGGGGUUGGAGGUCACAAGUCGACCUCCACUCACAUCAUUUCAGCGCAAGCACAGCAAGUGUCUAAUCCUCAAGCCAAACCUAGCACAGAGAAAAGAAUAUAUGCAGUAGCAAAUAAACGAACAAAACCAUGGAGAAGAAUUCCAGAAAUGAAAGGUCAGUCCCAGUCAUCAGUUGAUCGACCGACUGUGUGUCACCUCUAUAAGCAAGUCAGUGUUCCGGUUUAUGCAACACUUAAAGGGAAAGCUGCCCAAAUCCGUAGUUCACCGUUCAUGGAAGAUUCAUCGUCGGAUUCAUCAGAAAAUGACGAGGAGAUUCCUGUUGCCAUAGUUCCUCCAAGCCAGACUGGUGGUGACCCACCGCAAGCUGUGGUCGGUGACAGCUCAACCAAGGAGAAACCCGUCCGAGGUGCAUCAUGUCAUUCAACUGUGUCCGAGGUGUCAUGUGACUAUGCCGUUCCCCCGGACGAUGUCUCCAGUAAGAGCGACUCCGACACCUCUGAGCCAGAGCAGAAACUCCUCAAGUUUGCAUCGGAUAGUCAGAAACAUGAUACCUUAGAGAAGUGUGGUUAUCUGUCCAAGCUGAGUGGUAAAGUGAAGACGUGGAAGAGGAGGUGGUUUGUCCUGCGUAAUGGCGAACUCUUCUACUACAAGUCUCAGCACGAUGUCCUCCGCAAACCUCAGGGAUCCAUCAUGCUCGACGAGCAGACCAAGAUUGUCAAGUCUUCGGCAGAAUGUACUUUCGAGAUAUUUAAUUCAAAGAAGACUCAUUAUUUAACAGCCAAUUCCCCAGCAGAGCUUGAAAGAUGGGUGAGAUUGCUGAACCGAGUUUUAAAGAGACAGGCUACAAGUCACCUACUUGAGAGUGUCGACUCAAAGGCAGUUGUUAAAGGCUGGAUAACAAAGGUUAAAAAUGGAGCGUCUAAACGAUAUUGGUGUGUUUUGUUAAGUCGACACUUCCUGUAUUACAAAACACCAACAGACAAGACUCAAGUAGGGGAGAUAACUCUACAAGACUGCAAGCUAGAAGACAUCGAUGGUGCCUAUGACAGCGAUGACGACUCCGACUCGGUGUCACAGAGUCAUCACGUGAUCGCGGUGUGGCCACCGUGCCAGGGCCCAACCUAUCUCGUUAUUCCUACUAAGCAGGAAAAAGAUUCCUGGCUCUACCACUUGACGAUAGCCACAGGUGGUGGGGCAGGCAAUGUGGGUACAAAUUACGAACAGCUUGUGUCUAAACUGAUGGAAGCAAAUGGAGAUCCAAACUCAGUCUUGUGGAAGCACCCGACCCUGCUGCAUGUGAAGGAAAUGAUCUCCAAACCUAUCACCACAUUGCCUUCUCAAGACUUGCAGGACAAAGCUGUUCAGCUCUUUCGGUCUGUGUACCAGUUCAUCAACACUGUGAUAGAGUCGCCCUCCCUCGACUACCACGUUAGCCUCGCCCAGAGUAUCCUGUCCACGUGUCUGGAGCACCCGGAGCUGCAGAACGAGUUGUACUGUCAGCUCAUCAAACAGACAUCCCGACACCCCGGACACCACAAGACAGCCGUUCAGAACCUCCUGCUGUGUGGCAAACACUCGUGGUUCCUGUGUGAUGGCUCCCCAACCUCACCCACCUCAUCGGUAAUGGACCUGUCCGACUCCAAGCUCAACCCACAACCCCACGUAAUGCUUCAGGGCUGGCAGCUGAUGGCGCUGUGUGUGUCCCUCUUCCUCCCCAAACAGACCAUCAUGUGGCUCCUCAAGGUCCACCUUCACAGAAAUGCUGAUUCCAGGUGUGAGUCUGGGAAGUAUGCUAUUUUCUGUCAACGUGCUCUAGAGCGGACCAUUAUUAAGGGUGUACGGGAGUCGAAACCGUCUCGGAUGGAGGUGCUGUCCAUGUUGUUACGACAUCCCUACCAUCACUCCCAGCCUAUCAGUAUCCCAGUCCACUUCCUCAACGACACCUACCAGGUGGUUAGUUUCGAUGGGUCCACAACAGUCGAGGAAUUCCUCUACUCGCUACACAAGACGGUGGUGAUGCGGGACAGCAGCCAGUCAGGUUUCAAUCUGUUCACCGACGAUCCCGGAGGGGCUGAUGUCGAGCACUGUCUGCAAAUUCAUCUCAAAAUCUGUGAUAUUAUCUCCCAGUGGGAACAAGCUUUUCGUGAUCAUCACUCAGGAAAUGUGGAUCAGAACAAAAGUAUCAGAAUACUCUAUAAAAACAGGUUUUAUUUUCGAAGUACCAGUCGUCAUGAGACAGAGAUGGAGAAGCUGUUGGUUGCGUAUCAGGUGAAUGAAGACAUCAUGCAGGGCCGCUUCCCCAUCAACCGCGACCUGGCGCUUGAACUCGCAUCGCUCAUGGCUCAGGUUGAGUACGGUGACCUGCGGUUAGAGAACUCGUCUCAGACCGCCAGCGUGUCAUCAACAACACCACAGCAGCAGCUCCAACUGGCUGUCGACAAGUUCUACCCUCACAAAUACCGCAGCACUGCUCAGGAAGAGGAAGGCGCCCUGCUCGACCGGCUGGCGGAAAGAUGGCUGGCUCUCCAUGGCCGGACUGCACCCGACUGUGUCCGCGUCUUUCUCGCAGUCGCAAGAAAGUGGCCCUUUUUUGGAGCAAAAUUAUUUUCUGCAAAGAUGAGGUGUUCUCUUGAACCUGAUGAAGAUGUGUGGCUGGCCGUACAGGAAGAUGGGGUGUCUGUGCUCGAACUUGUGUCUAUGCAACCAGCUGCUCUUUAUGAUUUCCGGUCACUGAUCACAUUUGGCGGGUGGAAGAACGACUUCAUGAUGGUUGUCAACCAGCUGAUUGAGUCCGCCCCCCACCACUACGAACACCGCACCGAGAAACUCAUCUUCUCCAUGUCACAGCCCAAGAUCCUGGAAAUCACUCUACUCAUUGCUGAAUACAUCAACAUCAAACUGCAGUCACCAUCUCCAGAAGCUAUCAAUGGGGAAACAUAGCCAGUGUAUCAUCCUGCUUGUCUUCAUCAACAUCAAACUGCAGUCACCAUCUCCAGAAGCUAUCAAUGGGGAAAGAUAGCCAGUGUAUCAUCCUGCUUGUCUUCAUCAACAUCAAACUGCAGUCACCAUCUCCAGAAGCUAUCAAUGGGGAAACAUAACCAGUGUAUCAUCCUGCUUGUCUUCAUCAACAUCAAACUGCAGUCACCAUCUCCAGAAGGUAUCAAUGGGGAAACAUAGCCAGUGUAUCAUCCUGCUUGUCUUCAUCAACAUCAAACUGCAGUCACCUUCUCCAGAAGCUAUCAAUGGGGAAACAUAGCCAGAGUAUCAUCCUGCUUGUCUUCAUCAACAUCAAACUGCAGUCACCUUCUCCAGAAGCUAUCAAUGGGGAAACAUAACCAGAGUAUCAUCCAGCUCGCUACCAUCAGCUUGUACUACUUUACUAGCACCACCACCACCACCAAAAGUGAAAACCAAGAAAUGUGACAAAUGAAAUCUAAGCCAUUCAGCUUAAAUCUCCAUCCAUUUAUACCUCCACCACCAAAUGCUAUCACCAGAGAAACAGCCUAAGAAAUCUCUUUCAUCUAAUUUAUGCAGCCAUCAGUAGAAGCAUAAUUAUGAACGCCUGUCCAAUAAAACUCUUGUUCAGUCUAGCACUAGUGACCAGCAAAUGUAACUGAACUAGAACUGAACAUAACAAAUUACUUGAACUCUGAACUCUUUGUGGAAGGUUGUGGCUUGGAUGACUGUGUUGAAUAUUUUUAACUUCAAUUUUUGUUACCAAUCUAGAGAUUCUUCUACACAGAAUGUUAUGUCUGAAGUGACAGUUACCCAACAGUUACCCUUAAACCUGGCUGGACAAGUCUGAUGGAGAUACAACAGUCUAAAGCUGAAGUCACCAUCUGUUUCUAUCAUGUUACAUGUUGGGCCAUAUUUGUGUGUGUGUGUUCAGUCUCAACCUGAAUGUUUGUAGUAUUUUGGAAAAGCCACCUGAUGAUAUUCCUUAGCUGUUUGUAUUUUAUCUAGCAGAAUGUCAGUGUGAGAGACCUGCAUUGUUAAGAACUGAAAUCUCACCUUGAACCGGCAGCUAUAAGUCUUAGUUCUCUUGUGAUGACACUGGCUUUAAAACACACGUCAUGAUGUCUUGAGAUUGUUAUUUAUCAAGUUUGCCAGGUAAUACUCAUAGUUAUUUCUUAAGGAAAGAAAAUUUAAGUUUUGUAAAACAUUAUUUCAGUAUGUUAGAUCAUGUGUUUCUUUCCUCUUUUUUUUGAGAAGUGAUGCAAUCUAAUUGAUAGUUGAAAUUUGGAUGACUGCUCCCAAAUCAGGCCCUCAGAUUUCACGGAAACAACCGUGUCUGUCGGAAACAACCGUGUCUGUCGGUAACAACUGUGUGUCGGUAACAACUGUGUCUGUCGGUAAAAUCAUGAAACCGAAAUUUUGUUUCCCAUGAUUAUUAUAUUGAAUACGACUAUUCAACGAAAAAAUAAUAAUAAAAUUAUUUUUAGAAACAGUUUCUGAUGGUUUCUCAUGAUCACAAUGAACGAAACCGAAAAAGUGUUUUCCAUGAAGUUUGAAAUCAUCUGGCCUGCAAAAUAAAACAUAUUGGUUUUUUAUUGUAAUAUACUUUUUUUUUUAUUUUUUUUUUUUUUAUUGUAUAUGAUGAGAAGUCUUUUUUGUGUAACAAGCUGCAAACUGUUAUUUGAGUUACUUGUCAAUCAGUGACAUCAUGCUGUAAGAAAACAUUGGACAUUUAUGCCAAUCAGAUUUAUCACUAAAUACUUUGAAAUGACACAUUAUGACAGAUCACAAUUGUGAGAUAAUAUAUUUAAAUAUUUUGCAAAAAACUAACAAAGACCUUAAUGAACUUUCAUCUUAUGAUCUGUCAUUGUAAAAAAAAAAAAAAAAUCUAUAAUGUAUUCUGACGUUAAUUUGUGAAUCAUGAAAACAAAAACGGAAACAUACAUUUGAAAAAUGAAAAAUAUUUAAGGAAUGUAUUUUAAUAUGUGAAACAUGGAUAAUACAUGGCCUUGCUCUACUUCAAGAGAUUUUUGUGUUUUAAACUUUUUUGUGGCAACGGUAACUGAUAGAACUAAAGUCUGAUGUUAGUAUCGAGUAAUAAUUGAUGAAAGUAAUUCUUACAGGUGUGUGAGAAGAUGAAGAUUUUUUUGUCAAAAUUUAUCUUAUACCUUGUUUUGAGGGUUUACCUAUGAUUAAUCCAUACCAAAGCUAAAACAUACCUGAUGUAGAGGUACAUUACGAGUCAAACUAGCUUGUCAGAGGUGUUAUUUUAUAGGUCAGAGGUCAGGGACCUAAUUCACUAAACUCUUGCAACUUUGCGAUCUCACAGUGCAAUGCUAAAAGAGUUACAAAGAGGGUGCUUUGUUGUCUAACAGAGCCUAAGGGAGCUUUGUGAAUUAGGCCCCAGAUGUUGUUCAGUUAAGUAUUGUACAUUAUCUGGUGACUUGUUCACAAAGUAAAUCAUAUUAUUAUAGCAAUAUUGUAUGUUUUACCAAAACUGUAAAAACAGUGAUUCUUUAGAACAUGGAUCUUGUCAAGUACUGUCCAUUUUUGUGAGAAAAAACAACAACUCAUUUUCUUCAUUGUUGUUGGUUGGGUUUUGUUUUUCAUCUUAUUAGUAAUUCCCAACACUUUUUUAAUUAUGUGAUGUCUGAACAAAACAUGGACCAGUUUGUAUGUGAUGUAAAGAUUUUUGUUAAUUUAUCUGUUGUGUGUGUGAAUCAUUUCUCUAAUAUCUUAUGGUGUACUACUUUGUGUUUCCAUGGUUUCCGUCCUUUGGUUGAUGUUCAGUGUGUGUUAAUAAAUCUUUAAAAAAAAGUUUAUAUCAUCCAAUUACACUUUAUUAUAAUUGGUUAAUUAUUAUCACUGAUAUUAGCUGUCAGUCAUUAGUAUGUCUACUCUACCUUGACCUAUGAUAUGAUUUCUGUAUGAAACACUAAUGUAUGCACCAGAUAACAAACAAUACAGGUAUUAUGAUUGUCCACUGAAAGAUUUUAAGAGUAGUAAUUACUACAAAACAUCUUUAAGAGAUCUAGUUAGUCAUCAUCAUUACCAUCAUUGUUAUCAUCAUGGUAAUUGUAAUAAUAAAAAUAUUUUUAUUUAAUAAGAGUAACACUUUCAUAUGCUAAUCUUCUAUCAGACGUUUGACCCAUAAUACUGCACAUUCAUCUCAUUAUGUAUAUUUGUGUAUCCAGCACAAACGUGGUAGAUGAAAAAUAAAUCAUUUUAAUCAGCACUGUUUUAAUUCUCUAUAUUAAAACAGAUGGUUGGUCCUACGAACGCUAUUUCGUAAUAUUGUUUGUGAAUAGAUGAACGUACAUUUUGUAUCACCUGGCUUUUAAUAUGCAUUGGUCUGAUACACAAACAUUAAGUCUGUCAGAUGCCAGUGUUUGUGUUCGGCAACUUGUUUUCAUAUGGCCAUUGAUUUCUGCAACAUGUGUCGCCAGUUUGUGUUACUGUUGUUUUGUUAGGUUGUGAGAUAAGUGAAAUAUAGGGCAUGUGUUACACACAAAUUUGUACAUAAAACUCAGGAUUUUUUAUUGUCUUCCUGUAAAUGUUUUCAUUACAAUAAGCAAUGGAAAGUUUUAUGAGAAUGUAUCUUUUUACAAUACUUGUUAUUUAAACUUUCAAAUUUCUGAUGAAUAUUAUGUUCAUGUUUAAACUUUUUUUUAUGUUAAAAACUGAAAAAAUAUGUUGUAAAAAUUGGAUCUCUAGAUAUUACAAAUAUUAAGCUUAUUUGUCAAAACAAUCUUGUUACAAGCCAUUGUAGAAUGCCUGUAUUGGUGAGACUACAGUCAUUAAUAAUAACUAUUUAUGUUUCCCCUGUGGUUUUGUUAUAGAUCGGUCUGCUAAAGGCUUUUGACUCAAGAUAUUUUAUUGGAUUUAAGGAUUUAUUUCAAAUACAGAAGGAACGUAUUAAAAAUACUCUAACCUUUUCUGGCUUAUGGAUCUAUUAGAAAAGUCUUUGUAGUGAUUUUCUAUAGUGGGGAUAUGGCAUAUUUAUUUUGAAUGUCUACAUAAUGCUGUCUUCUUAGUUGGACAAAUUAAAUAUUAUUCAACAUUAAUAAAUAAAUAUAGUGGAAACAAAGACAUUUUGCUAAUUACAUUUUUUAAAUAAAUUUAUUUGUGGCAAAAGUAAGCCACUCUUUAGAAGAAUUUUUGUUGUUUUUAAUUUCAGUAAUUAUAUUAGUUACUUUAGCAGAAUGGACUAAAAAGGCAUAACUUCUCUUUAAAGUAACAAUGUCAAUGUUCUACUUUUGUAGACCGAUAAGACAAGUAGUGAUAUAUGUUGUUAUUGUGUUGAUGACAUAUAACCGAUAUGUGAUCGUAGAAUACCCUGAAGAUGGACGGAUGGUAUUGUUAUGUUUUAUUGUCAUCAGUGUUUGAUGUACAGAUAAGUGCAAUAAUUAGGCCGCUCCGUGCCUCGGUACACUAGUCAGGUGUGCCUUAAUUGUUUGUUCAUCCAAGUGCAACUACUGCUAGUACCAUUAUUAGUAGAUAAUUGUAUUUGUGUUUUUAUUGCAGCGGUUCCAGAUAUGAUCUUGUGUGAGAAUGUGUUCUGUUUUUCUCCUGUUUUUGGCUCACAUAAUGCAAAUUAAAAUAAUCUUAUUUUCUGUUUCGAUACCUAGCUGCAUAGGUAUUGGUUAAAUUCAGGUUAAAGUUAAAUUUUGUUAAGUUUGAUAAAUGAUCACACUUCCACUUGUUUCUAUGUUCAAAGAUAUCAUUCUGGUGCAUGUUGGGUAUAUAUUUUUUAAUGAAUUUGCAGGUUUUCUAUCUAUUUGCACUUUGUUAAAGUUUGAAUACAAUUUCUCAUUUUCUUUAACUUUUUUUGGCCUGGCCAUAUCGUCCUUAUCAAUUCAUAUAGGAUCAUUAAACUGCAUGCAAGUACAACUUGGGAUGGUGGUGUACCAUCACUAGGUCAUUGUGACCUACUUCUUACAGAUUGCUGCACAUUAAAGGAAAUCCAUAUCUAGACCAUCUUUUCCUUAUCAAUACAUAUAGGAUCAUCAAACCUUGAAUAUAAGUACCACUUGAAAUGGCAGUGUUUCAGUAUCAUCAGUAGUUGGUCCAAAACAAACUCUUAAUCUAUCCAACUGCAUAAAUUUCACAUAAUUAUAAUCCAUCAAACACGUAACACAUUCAUUAGUGUGUGCUUGUCUGUUAAACUCCUGACAGGUUCAUAUAUACCUCACUGGUACUGUCUGUCGAUCGAUCGUAUUAUUUCGAUGAAUCCAGUGGGCAUGAAAACACUUGUACUAUUUAAACCCAUCUUUCUCACACCAGAUAAUCAUUUCUGGAACUGCAUGUGCUUACAUUGGUUUAUCAAACAUUUCUGUUUAUUCCUAGUCAUGUUAAACUUUUACACUUUUCAUUGUUAUUACUAGAUUGUUAGUCACAGAUGUGGGUGCUGAAGUCUUUGACUGCUUUAAAAAAUAUGGGUAUGGGACAUUUUCCGCAUGCUUUCAUCAGAAAACUGUUCAAGCAUGCCUGUCGUGGGCACAACCUCUGACUUUGCCAGAGAGUUCUGUACAAGACAUGAUCUAAAUCUGCCAGUAGGUGAGAAAAAGGUUAAAGGUCACUUGAGGUGCUAUUGUGAGUUUAUGUUGCAGAAUACUACUCCAAAUCAGUGUAGGUGUCUUGUACUGAGUAUGUACAACAUAGCAUUACUGGAUCCCGUUCCACGAAGCGAUCUUAGCCAUAAGGUCAACUUAAGUGCAUAGGGUAGCUAUGCGCUUAAGGUAAUCUUAGGGCUAAGAUCGCUUCGUGGAACGGGACCCUGGAAAAUUGUGUAAUGCUAUGGCUACAAGUACAUGUAUAUGCAACAAAAUACUGCUCUGAACCAAGUGUUAUUGUGGGUAUGUAUGUAAUGUUACAUAUCCUCUUACUAUUUGUAUAAGCAACAAAAUAUACAAACUAUGAGAUAUUCUGGGUAUUUGUGGCAUAAUUCUACUGAUAUCCUAUAAUGCUGCUCCUGUUUUUCUGAGAGUAUUUUAUAUACAUUAGAGUUCUAAAUUUCAGUAUCUUGACCUUUUUGUUUAUAAUUUUUGCCUUGAAUAUAAUUUAAAACUUAGAUUGUUCCCAACAUUGUCCCCUUGUCAGAUAACAUCCAUUAUUAUUAAGGCCUUAGUAAUGUCAUAAUUUAAAUAAAUCUCUUUCCAGACUUACAGAUUUUAGACAGUUACCAACAAUUUGUUAUAUUUAUUUAAAUGGUGAAAUCUUGACAGUUUAAUAGAUAUGACAACGAGUAAGUCAUAAAUAUAUGAGUGUAUUAAUAUUAUAAACAAGCUUGCACUGAAGUAACUUGUGUUAUUUUACCCUGUUUUGUAUGUAAUAUUAAUGUAUUUGAUAGCUAGCACUAUCAGUGUGUAGUGCUAGGCCUUGGGCAUGUUGCAGUGCUUGAAUGCAUAAUACUGGGAGAUCAAAGAGAGUUUCGUCACAGUGGCUGGUUGUCUAGUCCUUGUCACACAAUCCCCAUUGUGUCACAGCCAACCAGUAAAUGUUUUGUAUGAAUUGACAAUUAAUCCUGGUCUAAGCAUCUUGUGUUUUAAGUAAACCUGGGCAUGCGCUUUUAAAACUUAAAAAUACAAACUGUUAAAGUUUGUUUUGUUUAAUGACAUCACUAAAGCACAUUGAUUAAUUAAUUAGCUUUUGGAUGUCAAACAUUUGGUAAUUCUGACAUAUAUUC